AUGGCUUCUUUUGACUUAAAGAAAUAUUUAGGAUCUGGUGUACUUAUUGUCGAUACAGCACGUUCAUCUCUAUUACUUGUUCAUGAUUAUACAGAAAAUUAUAAUUGUUGUGGUGGUUUUAUCAAAUAUGAUUGUGAUGAUCUUCAACGUAUUGAAAAGACUGCUAUAGAAGAAUUAUAUGAAGAAACUCGAACACUUUUAUCAUGUGAUAUUGAUCAUCUAAAAACAUGUCCAUUUGUUGAUUUGAAUUUUUAUGAUGAUAUAUUUCGUUGUUAUAUAUUUAAAACUCAAUGUAAUUCGAAUAUAUGUGAACAAUUUGAAAAUUAUAAAUUCGAAGAAUUACCAAUUGAUGAUGAUUAUCAUGAAACAAGUUCCAUAGCAUUUUUUCCUUUAAAACAAUUUAAAAGCAAAAAAUCUUUAUUAAAUAUUGAUAAAAAUUCCAUGGCAAAAGAUAGUAAUGGAAAGUUAAAUCCACUUAAUAGACGUGUUAUUUCCGUGAUUAAAGAAGCAGUUGCAAAUAAUUUAUUAUGA